AUGCUUGAGCCACUGCGUCCAACGGCGAUGGCGCUCACAUCAGAGAGGAGAGAUGAGAUUAGACCGGUCGAGAAUGAGAGCCGGGAUGAGAUGGAAGCCACCCCGUCGGCGACGACAAUUUGGCACGCCGCUCGGGAUGCGCAAACAACGGCGACUAGCGCCGCCCUGACUCAGCCAUCGCCAACCCCGGCAGAGCCUCAGCGCGCUGCCGUGUCCGGGACCGACAAGGCGGAAGAACCGACCUCUGCGCCGUCUUCUUACAGACGCCAGUUCUCUCCGGCAACCUCGCGAUACGUCCUGGGCCGUCUCCACCAGGCCCGUGACAGCAAACCAUCCCCGCCCGCUCUCAUCGCAGCAGCAGACGAACGGCACCCUGCGACGCCCGCCGCUGCCGAGGAAGCCCCUCUGCACUGCCCCGUGGACCUGUCCUCCCUGCCUCGCACGCUUCACUUGCCCGACGCGACGCCCGCCGCCUCCCCCUCAACAACCAUACUCGACCCGCCGCCGCCCCCCGCCGGGACGAAGCGCAAGCACGCGGCCGAUCACGAAGGCGGUGGCGUCGGCGGCCCCCGGAGACCCGCCAGCCUCGCCCCCGCCUACCCGGAACCCGAGAUCCUCCGACGGCCCAUGUCCAGGCCGCCCACGAAGAGGAAGCGGACGAGGGACGACGGCAACGGCAACCCGAUGUGCGCACGGUGCAAGCGCACCUCCUGGACCGACGCCAACCUCAUCGUCGCCUGCGCCUCCUGCGGCGAGGCCUGGCACCAGCUCUGCCACGACCAGCCCGCCACCCUCGUCCCGGGCGACGACGACGGCGGGUUCCGGUGCGCCACGUGCGAGGACGAGGAGAAGGAGCAGGCCGAGUACCAGCGCCAGAUCGCGCGGUACCGCGAGGCAAAGCAGGAGCAGGCCGAGUGGCGCAGGCGGCAGAACGACGUCGAGCGCAGGCGGGAAAAGCGCCUCGCCGCGCUCCCCGUGUUCCCCGACUCGAGAAUCAUCGGGUUCGAGGGCGGCGACGCGAGUCCUGAGGAGAGAAGAGAGUACUUUGAGAACCUGAAGAAGAGCGACCUCGUCAACCUGCUCAUCUUCAGCAAUGACAUCUACCCGGGUCUCCUCGUCGACCUGCUCGUCUCUGUCUCCAAGAGGCACCCGGACCUGCCCAUCUUUGGGUCUCCGGACUGGGUGCAGCCAAAAGCCCCCCGACGAGAACCCCAGCGCCAGCGCCAGCGCCAGCGCCAGGGCAACCACGCCCGCCUCAAGGUCCCCAAGCAGCGCUCCAAGACGGGCGGCGUGCGCAAGAUCCUCAAGACGACGCCCGUGGCGCCCGCUGCGGCGCCCGCCGCCGCCGGGGUCGCUGGGGUCGACGGCGAGCAACAGCAACAGCAGCAGCAUCAGCAACAGGAGGAUGACGAGUACGACGACGACGGUGACGACGACGAUGACGAUGCCCUGCCCGAGUCGUGGCCCAAGGCCGGCCACGGCCUCUACUCCAAACUCAAGCCCGAGAGGGAGGACCCGCUGCUCUUUGACGACAAAGACGAGGAGGCCUUUAGCCACUUCAUGGUCGACGAGCAGGGGAGGCAGGUCGUGGAGCUGCUCGCGGCGUGA